AUGACCCGCGACAUUCGGCAGCGAGCGCUCGAGAAGAUCGCGUCUCUGUCCGCGGCCAGCUCCAAAACAUCCUUCGAUCGCUCCGAUCUCGACAAACUGUGCAAGGCCACCCAGUCUUCUGGGAAGGGAGUCAAUGGCUACUCGGCAAAACAAGCUUCCACGUCGCUGGGGAGACAGCCCAUGACGAUCCGCGAAUUCGAGGUUCUGCUAUCGUUGUGCAAAGCCGCCCCUGCCAUCCAAACAAGCCAGAGCGCCCAAAAACUUGUCCACCAGUUGACCCCAUACGUUCUCGAGGCACACAUCCAGGUUUUCUUGCCGUCGCCCUUCUUCCGCAAGGUCGAGCCAUCCCCGACCGAAGCACUCGCUUUCCAUGUCACGGCUGCGCUACUCUCUCUCGGUUCCCAGUACGACGACUUACACGAAGAGGUCUCAGACAACAUAUGGGCUUUCGUGAAUGCCUGCGAUCAUGUUGCGGGCCGCGUUGUACCCCCAGGGGCAGACGACGAGGACCCGAAUUUGGAGGACGCCAUUAGAACAGCGACGAUUGCCGUGUCGCUGUUGGGCUUCCUUGAUGCAGCCUCGGCGCAGGCGGACUUUUGGCGAGCCGGUGGCAGAUACUCUCUGAUUACACGAUUCAGGGACAUCCUGCAGCAGCCAUUCUUGACUGCUGUUGAGACGGCUUUCUCGACGAUCCGAAACUCGCAAUCUGCAGACCGACAUGCCAAAGAGUGGAAACGUUACCUUCGUCACUACUCUGCUGCCGGACGGCCCCUGGGAGCUGUUCUCUUGCAGCGUAGCUACAUGUGGCUUCUAGUUGCUGGCACGUCGCUCCUCGUCACCGAUGCAUCUCUCUUGCGAGGCACUCAUAUUCUCGACCUGCUCAUGUCAGGAGACGGUGCCUACAGGCCAGGCUCGCCUCGAAGCCCGGAUGCUGACUACCGGUCUCUCGAUAUGUAUACCGCCAUUGCUAUGGAACAAAUGAACUACUUGGAGGCGACCGCUGACUAUCUUCAACUCGGGUCGUCAUGGCAGCAAAGACUUGCCUUUGCUGUAAAGUCAGCCACUCUCGUCAGCUAUCUCAACUGCGCGUUCAUAAAUGAGGAGGUAGCUGACGUCGACAACCUCAUCGGAUGGCUAGAAGAGACACUUGCCGACCCCCUUCAGAUGGCGGACGAAGCCUUGGCGGCGACUGUUCUGAGAUCUAUCGCGUUGACGUGCAAGGUCUCACCGACUUACGCUACAACCGCAAGCAGGCUUUUGCCUCGAUUCAUCGUCCAAAGCGCACCCCAUGCCCGCACUGUUGCCGUUGCUUCUAAGAGUCUGGCUUACGUAUUGAAAAUGCUUUCUCACGAUGCCGUCAUUACAACUCUCUACACUCUCGGGAACGUGUUAAGUCCCGGUUCCGACAGAUCCAUGGCUAACGGCACCAACGGCGACUUGAGUAUAGACGGUGCCAACGCCAUUUACCCCAACAGGCAGUCAACUGGUAGCAGCAUCUCUCUUGCAAUCACCGGCGAGGAGGAAACAGCUAUGGUCUAUGGAAAUGUCGUCCAAGCCAUCUGUGGCAUCGCAACAGCUUGUAAUGAUGAGAAGAUCACUGCUUUGGCGCAAACGAUGUUGUUGCAGAAGAUCGACAAGGUGAACAGCAGUGUUGACGCUCAGAUCAUCAGCGGUGCCGCCGCCCUCGCGCUGCAAGGUGGACAGCUUGAAUUCCGAUCGCUGUUAAAGGUGUUCUCCCGAAUUUGCCACAUUGGGGUCGUCGAUCACAAGGACUUCCUCCUGGUGGCUGUGAUGAAGGCGAGGACGUAUAUAUCGGCAAACUUGUACAAAGACUCACCUCUGUACGAAAUUUACUGGGAGUACUUGCUAGAGAGCAUCAUCUCUAUGGGCGAUGUACAUCAGUCCAACCAUACCAAGGAGGCCGAUGUGCAGCUAGCCGCUCGCGAGAUAGCCGAGCUGUUGCACCCAUUAGCUGUCCUCAUGUCUACUAACGACCUUGCCUUCACCUCUGUCACCGACGAUGAUUCGCACUCCUUAGUCAGGGAUGCGUGGUUCAACAUUGUUGUCCAUGGCUUUACGACACAGACCGACAUGGGCAAGAGAUAUCUCAACGAGCUGCGGGUUAUGGCUGUACAUUCGCCACCACUCGUCGCCGAACAACGAGGCGAGCAGAUCGAGAGUGACAUCGAGCUAAACACCGUCUUGCGUCGCGGGAUGAGCAACGACAGGGAGACGAUGCAGAAAAGACAACUCACCGAAUUGAUCCCUAGCAAGACCACAGAAAUUAAGGGUUUGAGUUACCGCAAGGUGAUCUUCCUGCAGGCAGCCUAUUUGGUUGAGAGCCUUCGAGCUGAUGCCGGAGACUGCACAAAAGCUCUCUCAUACUUCCUGGAACCCAGCAUGCGUAAAGGGGAAGUUAGCAGUACCAUGGAGGGCAUUGCCGCCGCUGUGGUAGACAAGUAUCUACGCAAGACUCUAGGCGGUGCCGAUGCCACCUUUUCAGCCCAAUACGCUGCCAGUCAGCUCGUUGCAAUCUUCUGCGGCUGCUGCUACCGGAUCGAGCGCGUUCAGCAAGCAGCCUUUAGUUGCGCUGACCGUAUCAUCAGCCAAGUACCAUCGGCGUUGUGCCAUAGAUCCUCUCUCUUCGCUCUUCUGGAGCUUCUGUCAUUGAUGUGGUCAAGUUGCCUCGAGGCAGAAACAGACCUCUAUGCCCCACGGUCAAAAUUCACGUCCAGCCUUGGGGACGUGUCUGUUGAGCUGUCCGACGACUACAGCUUCAGACGCCACACUUUGGACAUUUUGAAUCGCAAAGCAAAACAAUGGGUGUCUAGCGUAAUUGCCAUUGCUCCUCUCGACAUCAAGGGGCUUCUUCAGACAUACUUAUCGGAAUUUGAUGACGAAGGCGCCUAUGGCCAUAUUUCCCUUGGUCGUUCAUUUGCGAUCGAGCUCGGAUCUCUCAUGCCCUCGACGGAUCAAAGACUGCAGUCUCUUGACCGCGUCGGAGAUUGCAACAUCAAUACUGGCUCCGACUUCGUUGCCCAGUACACGACUCGCCAAGAGUACCGAUACGGAGAGACGCUGCCGGAUCGCGGUAACGAGCUCGUUAACUUCAUGCAAUUGAACCGUAGGGCGUCUUUCUUGCAGUCAUCGGUUUCCUCCGCUAGCGAAAGCGCCAACGCCGCGACUGCGCUGGCACAUGUAGAGGCUCGAAUCAAGAGCAAGAAGACCACAGCGUUGAAUGAGGUUCGCGACAUCUUGCGCCGGGCUGCUGCCUUGCUCUGCCGCAGCGACCGUGAUGAGUCCGCUGUCGCACACUACCUCGUCAGCAUUCCAUUUGCUAUGUUUACAAAACAAUCAAUCAAGCUGGGCGUUUCUCUUUGGUUAGGGGUCAUUAACGAGAACCCUCGCCUUGAGCCAAGACUUCUCACGGAGAUCGCCCAGCAGUGGGAGGGCACCAUUCAUAAAGGGCUUGGCCUCUUCAACCCUUCAAUGUCGCAUCCCGAUCCAUUCUUCCUCAAGGAGGAAUUUGCGCCAAGUGAUCUGGAGGCUCUGGCGAAGCGUAAGCAGCAAGUGCACAACUUGCUCUCGCCACACAUGCGCCUACUGCAAUUUUUUGGAAGCCACUUCAACGCAACCCGACUGGGCAGUCCAGAUGUUCAACGAAUCUUCUUGCGUCUCCUCGACGUGACUCUAGAUUCUAUACGGACGUCGACACCUCAUCCGAUGGCGCGAGAACUCAGAUUUCAGCUUGUGUUAUUCGGACUCAAGGUGUUGCAUGUCUGUACCACAAUUGGCGCCAUCGCGCAGUGGAGGCUGAAGGAGAAGUGCCUAUCGGCUGCCCUAAGCUGGUUCAGGUUCGCGCCGAGGUGGUCCUUUGGCAGCAACAUACUUCAGCUCAAGACGGAACUUCGCCUCUUGACUGAUAUCGUGGCCGCUUUAAAGAGCGUUGCUUUCAUUGGCUCUCACGCUGUGGACAGCAUCAAGUCGCUCCAGGCAAAGGAGCAACUGCUCGUGCUGCUCCUGGAGAGCGAGCUGACUCGAUUGGCGGUGUGGGUGCAUCCUCUGGGUGAGACUGGAAAGGCGCAGGCGUCAACUACAAAGGCUGCAAUCGAGACCUCCCUCACCCCCUUGGUCAAGGUCGCAUGGGCCGAAGACCCCGCCAUUGCCAUUGAACUCGUCACCCGAUUCCCCUACACCCGCAUUCAGCGCGAAGUGAGAUGGCUCUUAAUCAACUUCCCCCAGAAGGCCAUCUCGGAACCUGAGGGCUUGCCAAUCCUUCUCGGCGGUUCUUUGCCAAGCGAUGUCAAUUUCCAACUAAAAUAUCUGCUGUUCUGGUCGCCGGUGAACCCAAUCACAGCCGCCACCUACUUUCUUCCUGCCUAUCGGAACCACCCGUUCUUGAUCCAGUAUGCAAUGAGGGCUUUAGAGAGCCACUCCAGCGAUGUCACCUUCUUCUACGUGCCACAAAUCGUCCAGACCUUACGGUACGACGCCCUGGGCUAUGUGGAACGGUACAUUCUCGAGACCGCCCAAUUCUCGCAGUUAUUCGCGCAUCAGAUCAUCUGGAACAUGAAGGCCAACGCGUACAAGGAUGACGACGCCACAAUCCCCGAUGCAAUUAAGCCCACUCUCGACAAGGUCAUGGAGAAGAUGAUUUCAAGCUUCUCUGACGUUGAUCGGACCUUCUACGAACGCGAGUUCUCCUUCUUCGACGAGGUCACUGGUAUUUCGGGUAAGUUGAAGCCUUACGUCGGAAAACCAAAGCCGGAGAAGGCACAGAAGAUCGAGGAAGAGCUGCGCAAAAUCAAGGUCGAGGUCGGUGUGUACCUCCCCAGUAACCCCGAUGGCGUUGUCAUCGGAAUCGAUCGUAAGUCGGGCAAGCCUCUCCAGAGUCACGCAAAGGCGCCGUAUAUGGCUACUUUCCGCAUCAAGAAAGCCAAGGGUGGUCUCGAAGAAGUCAACGACAUGCUCGAAGAGGCGAAUAAGAAGGACCAGCAGCCCCAAGAAAACACGAUUGAGGUGUGGCAGUCUGCCAUCUUCAAGGUCGGCGAUGACUGCAGACAGGAUGUUCUCGCCCUGCAGAUGAUCGCUGCUUUCCGAGGCAUCUUUCACAACGUUGGCCUGGAUGUGUAUGUCAACCCAUACCGUGUCACGGCGACGGCCCCAGGUUGUGGUGUCAUUGAUGUGUUGCCCAACUCUGUCUCGCGAGAUAUGCUUGGGCGAGAGGCUGUCAACGGCUUGUACGACUACUUCAUCUCCAAGUACGGCAACGAAGACUCGCUUCGCUUCCAGCAAGCCCGCAGCAACUUUGUGAAGAGUAUGGCGGCCUAUUCCAUCAUCUCCUUCCUACUGCAGUUCAAGGACAGGCACAACGGAAACAUCAUGAUCGACGACGCGGGCCAUAUACUGCACAUCGAUUUCGGCUUCUGCUUUGACAUCGCCCCGGGUGGUAUCAAGUUCGAGCGCGCGCCGUUCAAACUGACGCAGGAGAUGCUGGCGGUCAUGGGCGGCAGCCCUCACCACCAAUCCUUCAAGUGGUUCGAGGAGCUCUGUGUCAAGGCCUUCCUCGCAUCUCGUCAGCACUGCGAGAAGCUCAGUCAGAUUGUGCUUCUGAUGAUGGACUCUGGUCUGCCGUGCUUCAAGCCUGAGAGUGUACAGCACUUCAAGGAGCGUUUCGUGCUAGAGCGCAGCGAGCGCGAGGCGGCUGACUUUGUCAAGGACUUGAUUCGGAGAAGCGCCAACAGCUAUUCGACUGGCGUGUACGAUCAAUUCCAGCUCUUGACCAACGGCAUUCCAUACUAA